AUGACUACGACGCUGCCACCGUGCGAGCAGCCCAAGCUGACUCCUGAGUACCACGAUGUGAUCAUCGUAGGUGCCGGCAUCUCCGGUAUCGCCAUGGCGUGUCAACUAAAACGAAAGCUCAACAUCCACGAUUUCAAGAUUCUCGAACGAGGUCCGGAUCCAUCUGGAACGUGGACGAACAACACCUACCCUGGAUGCGCGUGCGACGUACCUGCACCUGUCUACUCGUUCUCCUUCGCCACCAAGGGGGACUGGUCGACGUUCUAUCCGCAGCAGAAGGAGUUGAAGAAGUACUUCGGCACUGUAGCUGCUGAGCAUGAUCUGCAGAAGAACUUCCACUUCCAGACGACCGUUCAGGAGGCAAGGUACGAUCGCGAUACUGGAUUAUGGCAUGUUUGGAGUGAAGAUUGGACCAAGGACAAGAGCGAAGGCGAGAAGCAUCAUUUUGUCUGCAAGUUUUUCGUCAGCGCUGUCGGAGGACUCUCGCAGCCCAAACCGUGCGAUAUCGAUGGUCACGAGACGUUCAACGGUCCGAUCUUCCACACGGCCGCCUGGGAUCACUCUGUCGACCUCAAGGGCAAGGACGUCGUUCUCGUCGGAAACGGCUGUUCCGCCACCCAAUGCGUACCGUACCUCGCCGAACACUCCAAGACAUUGACGCAGUUUGUUCGCAGCAAGCACUGGAUCGCACCACACCCGCACCAACCGUUCGACUCGAUCCCGGGCUUCAAGUGGCUGCUGAAGCACUUUGUGUUUGUGCGCAAGUUCCAACGCCUGCUGAUCUGGUUGGUGCUGGAAUCGCACUUCAUCAUGAUCCUGCAGAACCCGCUCGGUCGGCUGUUCCGAUGGAAUUGGAGACGCAAGUGCGAAGCGCACAUGAAGAAGAACGCACCCAAGGAGUACUGGGAUAUGUUGUUGCCAAAGAAGGAGGAGCUGAUGGUGGGCUGUAAACGUCGAAUCAUCGAUGACGAUUACCUACCCACGUUGCGACAGCCUCAUGUCAAGGUGGAGAAUACGAAGCUCGCGAGGAUCGAGCCGGACCACGUCGUCCUUGCCGAUGGACGCAAGAUCAAAGCCGACGUCAUCGUGAUGGCCAACGGAUUCGAACCGCAUGCGGCGGGAGCACCGAUGAAGAUCGUCGGAGUCAACCGAACGCUCCACGACCAUUGGGCCAAGUACGGCGAAGGAGGGAUGAUCGCCUACCGCUCCUCGCUCAACGCAGGGUUCCCCAACAUGGGCUCCAUCAACGCUGCCAACACGGGUACCGGAAACCAGUCUCUCAUCUUUGCCUCCGAGUGCACGGUCAACUUCCUCCUGGAACUCGCCAAACCCAUCCUCGCCUCUGCCCGUCCCCCGCCCUUCGCCAUCGACCACAUGCCCUCCACCCACGCCUCGCUCGACCCCACACUGGACAACUACAAGAUCCCCACGUUCGAGGUGAAACUCAAGGCCGAACUCGACGAACAACACUGGAUCGCCAAAGCCAUGUCCAAACUCGUCUUCACCAGCGGCUGCAAGAGCUGGUACAUCGAUGCCAAAUCGGGCAGGGUGACGAGCAUGCAACCGGACUGGCAGGUGAACUACAUGCUGCGGGCGACGUUCCCAAAGUGGGACGACUUCAAGUAUACAGGGUUGAAGAAUGCGGGGGAGAAGGUGCCGAGCGAGGUGCCGAGGUGGAAGGUCUGGGGCGAUUGGUUGGGGUUGGGUCAUGUGGAGUAUGUGGAUCCGAAGGAGACGCCGCAGAUUGAUAGGGCGGCGAUGGACGCUUGA